AUGAUGUUGCCUAAACGUCUCAUCAUUGGCUUGAUAAGCCUUUGUCUUAUGAUCAGAUGUACUGGUGGUAAUGAGAGGUGUGGAGCCUCCAUUGGAGGGGCGUGUCCUCCUGCUUGGAGCCAGUGGGGUGACAAAUGCUACAAGAAACUCAGCGAGAAUCUACCAUGGGCUGAGGCAAUACAGGAGUGCAUCAAGAUGGGAAGUGUCUUGGUCAUGCCACAGUCUCAGGAGGAAACUGAUUUCCUUCAGAAGAACGUGUACCUCUGGUUCUGGAUCAACUGCAAUGAUCUUCAAGUUGAAGGUACAUGGGUGUGUCAAGAUGGCACUACUGAUGUGGAGUACAGAAACUGGAGGGUGGAGCCUGCUGAACCUAAUAAUUACGGGGGAGGAGAAGAUUGUGCAGUAGUGAGACGUUCUGGUGAUUGGAAUGAUGUUGAAUGUGACAGUCAGAUUCCCACUAUCUGCCAACGACCUGCACCACAACUGCACUUUUAAGUGACAACAA